GGGCCGGUCAAGAUGGCGGCCGGGCAGGGGGGCGGCGGCGGCAACAACGGGAACGGCGGCGGGAGCGGCGCGGCGGGGCUGGGCAUCCCCGGCCACCUCACCCUCUCCUUCUCGGCCGGGCCACACUGGGGCGCGGCCGCCCUGCCGCAGCCGCACACGGUGCGCAGCCUGGAGCGGGCCCUGGAGGAGGCGGGCAGCUCGGGCAUCCUCUGCCUCAGCGGGAGGAAGCUGCGCGACUUCCCCGGCAGCGGCUGCGACCUGAGCGACACCACGCAAGCGGAUCUUUCAAAGAACAGAUUUACUGAAAUUCCUCCUGAUGUCUGGCUGUUUGCACCACUGGAAACUUUAAAUUUGUAUCACAACUGCAUCAAAUCCAUUCCAGAAUCUAUUAAAAACCUGCAAAUGCUCACCUACCUUAACAUUAGUCGAAAUCUUUUGUCGACGUUGCCAAAAUACCUGUUUGAUCUUCCACUGAAAGUUCUGGUUGUCAGUAAUAACAAGCUGGUCUCCAUUCCAGAGGAAAUUGGGAAGUUGAGAGAUCUGAUGGAGUUGGAUAUUAGCUGUAAUGAACUUCAGGUCCUUCCCCAGCAAAUAGGAAAAUUGCAGUCACUUAGAGAAUUGAACAUAAGAAGAAACAAUCUCCAUAUGCUGCCAGAUGAACUAGGGGACCUUCCCUUGGUAAAGCUGGAUUUUUCGUGUAAUAAAAUUACAGAAAUUCCGAUUUGUUACAGAAAGUUACGUCACUUACAAGUUAUACUUUUGGAUAACAAUCCAAUGCAGAUACCACCAGCACAGAUAUGUUUAAAGGGUAAAGUACAUAUAUUUAAAUUCCUCAGCAUCCAGGCGUGCCUCAGAAUAGACAAAAAACCAGAUUCUUUGGAUCUUCCAUCAUUAGGUAAACGAGUCCCCUCCCAGCCACUCACAGACAGCAUGGAGGACUUUUAUCCCAAUAAAAAUCAUGGACCAGACUCUGGCAUUGGAAGUGAUAAUGGGGAUAAAAGGUUGUCCACCACAGAACCAUCUGAUGAUGAUACAAUCAGCCUUCACUCCCAGGUAUCAGAAUCAACAAGGGAACAGACAUUAAGGAAUGACAAUCAUGUAAUGGGGAGCAAACUCGAUCCACAGAAAGACCAGGAGGCCUAUGACUACAUUGAUCCAAAUGCAGAAGAGGGAGCUCUUCCUGAGCAGGGAGAUGCACAGAUUGGCACAUUGCUCUCCUAUGUCAAGGAGCGGGGAAAACAUCCUGAGAAAUCGCAGAAAAUAGAACAGAAUGAGGACUGGGGAGAUGAAAAAAGACUUCAGAAAGAACAGCUGCUGGCUGAAGACGAUGAUGAACUCAAAGAAGUGACUGACUUGAGAAAAAUAGCAGCUCAGUUACUGCAACAAGAACAAAAACACAGACGGAGGCCUUUAAGCUAUAGGACCUCAUUCAGUGAGAAACUCUUCCAGAGGACAAGGGCGGCAGGACGUGCAUCCAGGCUUCUUAAUCAUUCAGUUUCGGUAAACACAAGGAACAGGCCAAAGCAGCCGAUGGAAUCUGAAAAAUGUGUCUCAACAAAUGAAGUGAAUUCCCCAGUGUCCCCGUACAGCUGGCAGCCACUGGAAAACCAGAAGGAUUCAGUGGAUGAGCAGCAUUGGCCAGAAACACAGCCAGUGAUCUGGCAGAAUGAAGAAAGAAGGAGAAGUAAACAAAUUAGAAAAGAAUAUUUCAAGUAUAAGUCUUCCAGAAAGAGUUCAAGUGGAAAUGAAAAUGAUGAGCAAGACAGUGAUAAUACUAAUGUGUCCCCACAGUCUCCUGUGUCGUCUGAGGAUUAUGAAAGGACAGAUAGUAACACUCAUGGUCCAUUUGGUCUCAAACCAAGGUCAGCUUUCAGCCGUGCCUCACGCCAGGACUAUGGUGCUGUGGAUCCUGGAUUUACAAUGAGGAGGAAAAUGGAACAUUUAAGGGAAGAAAGAGAACAAAUCAGACAACUUCGCAAUAAUCUUGAGUCAAGGUUGAAGGUGAUUUUGCCAGAUGACAUUGGAGCAGCGUUGAUGGAUGGGGUGGUUCUUUGCCAUUUAGCCAAUCACAUAAGGCCACGAUCUGUUGCCAGCAUUCACGUCCCAUCGCCAGCAGUGCCUAAACUCAGCAUGGCAAAGUGCCGAAGAAAUGUUGAAAACUUCCUUGAUGCUUGUAAAAAACUGGGCGUUCCACAGGAGAGACUUUGCCUGCCUCAUCACAUCCUGGAGGAGAGGGGUCUGGUGAAGGUUGGCCUCACAGUUCAAGCUCUGCUUGAAUUGCCAGCGUUGAAAGUGUCUCAGCUUUCCUCCGUGUGACGUGACUUCUUGGAAGCUCAACAACUUCCCGUUUGCUCUGUUGAUAUGGAUUGCUCUGAGGCACUUCAGCCUCCUACAUGGGAACACCCAAGCCAUCAAAAACUAACAUCUGUCCAGAUGCUGUAGAGAGCCUUACUCUGGAGCUGUGUGUGAAAACCUUGGAGUCAGUUCACAGUUGAAAGACCAUAAUUAAUCUUUCGUUCUUUCGUAAUUGGAUGUACAAAGAGAUUGUGGUAGCAUCAGGUUCUCUUUCUAGUUAAGUUAAAAGCUGCCAUUUAACAUCUCAGUGUUACAGUUAAAUGCUGGAUUUCUUUUUUUACAUGGAAAAUGUUUGAGUUAUUUGAGAAGUACAAAGCACACCCCCUGUCACUUUAAUCUCUCAAGUCAAUCAUUUUAUUUUAAAGGUAAGACAAAAAUGUAGCCAUGGUGUGAUGGUAAAGAUGAGCAACUGAUCACUUGUAAUCCCCUUUCACUCUCUGAAAGCUUAAUAUUUGCGUUCUUUAUUUUUUUUUGCACUCCUGAUUGUAACUUUUACGCACUUCUAACAUUGCCAGUAUUGAGUCUGAGUGUAUGGUGAUUACACAAAGCAUACAAUGGGAAAAGGACACAUUUUAUUGAGUUUUUCCAGUCUUCUAGGUUGGUGCCAAAUAUUUUUUUUUAAGUUGUACUGUAGAUUGUUUACAUGUGAAGUGCCUGUGUAAUUGAUAAUUCUUAAUAGUCUUAAACAUUUUUGAAAUUUCUUUGUUUAAAAUAGAUAUACGAUGGAAAUUUUUUAAUAUUUUAAUAGUUUUUUUGUAAAAUCACUAUGUGAAGGUUUAAGUAAUACUUCACAUUUUUGAUGUUGGGUGUUUUAAGUUUGUUGCACAAUUUAAUUGGUUAUUUGUUGUCUAAUAAUUAGAAAAUACUGUAAAUACUUUUUAUUUAUGAUAUUUAAUUUGAUAAUACCUAAUCACUUUUGGUUUAAUGUAUUGUUGGACAAAAAAAAAGCUGUCUGCUUUUCUUUGUUUGGGACAAACAAAUACAACGAGUAAGACAUGAGGACUAGUGAUUCAUACAGAGUAAUUUAGGACAAUUUUGAUAAAACUGCCAAAAUCUCAGGUUUACGCUGUGAUGUUCAGGAUUUUGCGUCAUGUUGCUCCUGAUCUCACAUUACAUUUUUACAACAGGUAUAUCCAUAACUGAGUUGGGAAGUAUCGGUGUUUCUCUUUGGUGUUCGUGGGGUUUCUACACGAGUGUGGCACAGCACUCUGCUCAGUUUGUAGAAACGUCACUGUGCUGAGACAGGAGAUUUUUCUGCAUAAAUGUGGAAAGGGAAAGUUUCCACUGUGGUGGUUUUUCGCAACUUCUGAGUUUGUGUUUGUUUGCUUCUGCACAAAUCCGUGGUGUUUUGAGAACACUCUGAAACCAUACACAGUUGAGUUCUUCUCUAAACAAAUUGCAAAGAAUUCCGUACAUUUCAUAGGAAAUCUGUUUCUGUUAGUUUGUUCUUCAUUAAUAGGUAGCUCAAUUAAAAACAAUGUUUCGACUGUCACAGAUUUUCUAUUUUCGAUUGUUAUAUUCUAUCUCGAUUAUUAUUUUCUAUUUUCAAUUAUAUAUUCGAUUAUUUUUGAUUGAGGGAUGUGUUUGCCUAGCACGUAACAAGAUUUGAUUCUGUUCUGUUCUUUCCAAUUGUAAUAUAAUUCAUAAAAGAAUGAUGGAGGAGUAUUGUGUACUCCUUCUACUGUAGUCCCUAAAGUCAAUAGCUGACAGGAAAAAUCCUUUUUCUCAUGAAAAGUUUAAAAAAAAAAAACCAAAACUUAUUUUUAAACCCAUUAAAACAAACUGGUGUAUGUGUAAUAGUUAAACCCUACUAUUGUUUAUAUAGGGUUUUCUUAAAAUACAGCUUAUGGAGAGGCUGGUAUAUAACUCAAUUUGCAAAGCCCUAGAUAUAAAUCCUAGCCUAGAUAAAUUUGUGUUUAAGGAAACUGGAUUGCCCUGACCUUUGAAAUAUGGUAUUUCAAAUCUCUCUUAACUGGUUUUUGAAUCAUUCCUUAAUAUUCAUUUUAACAACUUUAGUCUCUAAUUUCAUUAAAGUCAGUAUCUAAUAAGUCAUGCAAGAAAUAAAACUAAAAAGUAGUAUAAGUCACUAAGCAAAAUACUUGCCUGCUACAUUUGAAGGAUCCAGCCAUUCAAAACCAAUAAGUUCCUGUCUUUCAUUUCAUUGUUGUUGCUGAUACCAGAGCAAAGUUCUAGUUCAGUGUGAGCCAUAGAGUUGAGAACUAUAAAUUGUCAUUGUCAUAUUUAAAUAAGUUUUCUGAUCUUAAAGUAGCUUUUUUUCUUUCCUGAACUAAUUUUAUAAAGUUACAGCACAGUGUAAAUGUUAGGAAUUCUCUUGAUGUAGCAUGCCAGCCACUUUCCUCCCUCUUCUUUAUGUUCACCAGUGGCACUGGUGAACUGCUGUGGUUCCAGAAUCCCUGCUCCAAACAUGUACAGUGUUUGAGAUACCCUUCUGUUUUGUUCAGGAUGUGAUGCCAUCCCCCAGCUGCUACAGCUGAUGGGAUUCUUAAAACCAGGGGCCUGCUCAGUUCCUGUUGCAGUUGCUCAGUUUUUACGUAGGACAUGAAAAAGAGUCAACAUUAAAAGCUUCAGGAAGCUGCCUUAAGUUUUCCUGAGUUAACCAGGGUGCUUUAGUUAUUGUGAAUGCUCUUCAAAGCUACUGCAAUAAUGUGGGAUGAACUGUAAAUUUAGAGAGUGAGUCAGCACAGUGACAGGGCUUCUGGCCUGUGUCUUUUUUCUGGUUUAUGUCGUAGGAUGCAGUAUGUCACUUGUGAAUGAUCUUUCAUUUAAGCAAUAAUGUGCCAGAUAUGGUGAGAUCUUAAAGCAGUGACAUUAAUUGUUGUGAAGGGGGUGAUUUCCUACUCUUAAUGUCAGAAGUGUUUCCCGUUUCUAGCACUGCUGCUCCAGUGCCAGCUGGGGCACUGCUGGGCAUGCAGGAAACCAUCUAUACCCACCUAUCUGGAGGCCUUCCAAAAUCUAAUCAAGAACUAUGAUCAUAAAACAUGAAGGAAUUAAUUUGAAACUAAAUAACUAUGAGUCAUAAGAAUCUUAUUUUUUUUUUAAUCCUAACCUUAGUGAAAUCAAGGCAAGUUUUAGUCCUGACCUCAGUAAAGAUUUUCACCUUUCUUGUUUAUGAAACACCUGAGCUGGAAUCGAAAGCAAACAUGGCUUAAACUUGUAUGACAAGAGCAGACUUCAGUGUCAAAUUCUUAACUGAAAAUAGUGAUGUCUGGUAAGUCAAAUCUGUAAAAUGUUAGACUGAUGCAUUUUCUUUAGUACAAAUUUUCUGAUAUGCCAAAUAGAGUAUUUAGAUGGUAGGAAAAAUGGCAUUGAAGCACAGCUUUCAUACAGUGGGAAACUGUGUUACCUUAAUAAAAUUGUGGGUGAGGACAACCAUCAGUUAUUUAUUGCACUGAAAACUUUAUUUCAGCUGUCAUUUCGUGGCAGGUUCCUCAGAUUUUUGACAUAAAUGUGUUGCCAAAUUCAAACACAUCUGUUUUCACUAGAAGAGAACUUCCAUGUGUCUUGGUAUUGAAGAGAAGGAAGGAGGUCUGGCACUUCCUUCUGCUGGUUCCUUAAAUGCUUGUUUGAAAGGGAGCUGAUCCAACUGAUUUCAACAAAGAGCAAGCUGAGGGUGUUUAUAGCACUUCUGCAGACAGGAGGGUUGGGUUUGUAUCUGCAGAUCAGAUAUCCCUGCUUCCUCAAUAAAGUUAAUGUGUGUGUUUCUCUCACGAGGAUCUCUACUUGAAAAGCAAAAGCAAACAAGACACCACCCCAACAUACACAACACUGGGAUUUAAAAAAAAAAAAAAAGAGUUCAUUCAGACCAGGAAUGGGAAAGGCAAAGUGUAGAUGUCCAAGGACAUAACUCACGUUGUGCUCUCACGUGAGGGAAUGAAAACAGUGUUACUGGGUUUGUUCUGUGUAUCAGCAUACUGGGAUGUGUCAUUCAUUUACAGAGGGAAAGGUGAAGUGUGUCUUUUUAAUGAAGAAUUUCAAGGUACAGAUUCGUUUUGUAAAAUAAAUGUGAAGAUAAAUUACUACUCCCUGUCAAGAAAGUUUCUGCUGAUCUUCACUGUUAAAAUAGAGAAUAUAUGUGAUUAACUGAAUCCAGUUUAAAGCUGCACAGGAGCAGCUCUGGCUCUUGUGUUUCUUACAUAAUAAAUUGCCUACUUGCUUUAUUUGUCUUUUAAAUAUUUCACAUAGUGCAAUUUGACAGCAUCUUAAAAUUGUGGUUAUAUGAAGUAUUUGUUUCCUCACUGGUUUUGAUUUUAAUUUUUUUUUAACACGAGAGGCAAAGGGAGGCAGAAUUGCUCUAAGGUGCCUGAUUAAUUUCCAUGGAAGGAAUACAAGUUAUCAUAAAAUCCUCCAAUCAGUCAUUUUUAGUUCAAAUGUUUUAUAGCUGACUACAUUUUCAAAGAAGAAUUUUCAGUGUGUUUUUUACAUACCCAUUUGAGAAUCCUAACCUUCAAACAAGCAAAAACCAAAAAGUUUUUCUGUGGUUACUGCAGUAUCUUAGCAAAUUCUGAAGGGGAAGGAUAGCUCAGACUGGCAGCAAAUUUAGUUGUUUUGGGUAACUUUUCAUUUUGGCAGUGGUAAGUUUGCAGUUGAACUUGAUCGGUUCAAAGGUUUCCCAACCCAAACAAGUCUAUGAUUGUAAGACUUCAGUGACAUCAGAACUUCCCUCAAAAAAUAGUUUUGUAACUCAGCUACAACAUUAAGUCAGUCAUUUAAAGUGAAUUCUUGGCGCUGAUGAGGAUUUCCUUAGUUCUUCCAAAAUCAUGUGAAAUAAAGCAAACAAAACUUCCCCCCCCCAAAACUUUUAUGGAGGCAGAUUGUAAAAUACUGAGAAAUGCCACAAGGAUACUUUUUUAAUUUGUUUCAUUUUUAAAAUGAAUCAACCAGUGAAAUACCUCCAAAAUGACUAUAUUUGUGUAGGGUCUGGUCGUGCCAUACCUGCCGUGGGAACUCCCAGUAGCUGUUCAGUGCUGAUGUGCGUUCUGGAGCACGUGCAGGGUCGUGCUCUUCACUUGCAGAUGUUGAUCCAGUUGUGUUUUUUGAAAGGAUGUGUUCCAGGAAGCGUUGCUGCAGCCAUGGGAACUGCUGGCUGUGGCACCAGCAGUAAUGCCAGGCUGGGAUUCCCGGGAAGGGCAUGCACAGGUGUAUUGCAAAAGGGUGGUCUGGGGGAAUGCAGUGGGAAUAAUGUGAAUAGUUUUUACUAUUAUGUAAUGUCUAGAACAAGGAAAAUGUGAUUGAUUUGCAAUUACCAUUCAGUUGGUGUUCAGUUAUUUUACUUUGUAACUCGUGGUUAUAAAACUCAGAAAAUGCAGUGUAACCAAAUGGUCAAUAUGUAAAUGUGUGCAGGACGUGGCAGAAGAAGUUCUGAGGCACAGCUGGAGAGUGAUCAUUUAAAAACAGAUGCUCAAAUUGUGUAUAUACUUGGAAAAUUUUUGAUAGUGCAUUUCAAUUUGUUUUGCAUUUCAUGUUCUUGUAAAGUGCAUCUCCCACACUUCUGAAGAUUGUCUACUUGUACUAUACUGUAUUAAGCCUUUUUUUUCAGGAUUUCCAUUAUUACUGGAGCUUCCAACAUAACAUGUUUCUUUUGAAAAAUGUUCUUACUCUUACUUUUUUUUGUAAAUAGCGUUUUGUAUUAAAUUUGCAUGGAUAAACCGCCCAUUUCCAAGACCAGUGUACAUACGCUGUGUAUAAAGUACAAACUGUUUCAUAACUUCCAUGUAGUCAAGUUAUUCGAUUUGAUUUCCCUUCGGUUUUUAUAUAUUUGUAGUAAAUAAUGAGAAUUUGUUGUA